GGCACAAAAAUAUUGCGGUCCUAUUUACUAUUGCUAAACGAUGCAUCUAGUUGAGUUUUAUAGUUGUCGUAGCUGAUCAUAAUCUUAAGCAAAGCGUAAGAUAAAACAGUAUGAACAGUACUUGCAAACAGAUGUGCUUGUGCUCUAAAGUGAUCUACAGAGUUUUGGCGAAUCUCACAAGAAGAUUGUGCUCGCUGGCAAUUGAUGUGGGUUACAAAAUGUGUAUUUUUUGUUGCUUUAGUGCACAUCGGACAGAUCCCGCAACAUGUGAGAUGAUUAAGGAAACGUCCGAAGCCUUUUACAAGGAUGUCAGCAGGGAAAUGGUUGAAAAACUUCUGAAGAAUCAACAGAACGGAACGUUCAUUAUAAGGCCGUCCAAUACGUCCAAACUGGGGACCCUGUCCCUCGUCCAGGACAGGCGAAUUUUUCACUUGAAAAUCCGAAGGAGGGAGCAAGAUAAUUGUAUCGCCUUGGGCAGAGAGAAAAACAAUGAAAAGUGUUUUAGCAACCUAAAUAGUCUUAUUAAUUAUUACGUGAGCAAUUAUUUAAUUUUGUGCUCUAAUGGGAGGAGAAUAAUGACUUUGCUGCUGCCUUACGCAGACAAAAACGAGACUAAGACAGAACUGCAUUUAAAUUCUGUUGAAAAUGUAUAUUAAAAAUGUGGAUAAUAUUUAUUAGAUAUAUAAAUUUCGUAUUAGAAGAAACGUCCAAUCUUGAUUAUAGACUAUAUUAUACUGAAAUUACAAAGUGUACAUACAUAAGAUGCAUAAAGUAUUAGACUUAUUCAAGUUUUAUAUUUUUUUGA